UCCCUCUCCCAUGCUCCAUCAGCCUCUCUCCCUCCCUCCGACUUUCUACAGAGGGCUCCAGCAGCAAUUCCCAGCUAGUGGUGCGGCUUGCCUCGCUACCCUUCCCCUCCCCGCUUGUCUCUCCCUCCCUCCCUGGCUCUGCUUCUGUGCUGCUUACUUUGUACAGUGAAGAAACACUCAGCCCAUGUGCUCUGCACGGAUGUUGGCGAUACCCUCCCGUGCGCCUUGAUUCUCUGCAAGCAGGCAAGAUGUCCAGCACACCACAUGACCCGUUCUAUUCUUCUCCUUUUGGGCCCUUCUAUCGGAGACACACACCGUACAUGGUGCAACCGGAGUACCGAAUCUAUGAAAUGAACAAGAGGCUGCAGUCUCGCACAGAGGACAGUGACAACCUCUGGUGGGAUGCGUUUGCAACGGAGUUUUUUGAAGAUGAUGCAACCUUAACUCUUUCAUUUUGUUUGGAAGAUGGACCAAAGCGAUACACAAUUGGAAGGACCCUCAUUCCUCGUUACUUUAGCACUGUCUUUGAAGGAGGUGUGACAGACCUGUAUUACAUCCUCAAGCACUCAAAGGAAUCAUACCACAACUCCUCCAUCACGGUGGACUGUGAUCAAUGCACCAUGGUUACUCAACAUGGAAAACCAAUGUUUACAAAGGUAUGCACAGAAGGACGUCUUAUCUUGGAAUUUACAUUUGAUGACCUUAUGAGGAUAAAAACCUGGCACUUUACAAUUAGACAAUACAGAGAGUUAGUCCCUCGGAGUAUUUUAGCCAUGCAUGCACAAGACCCUCAGGUGCUGGAACAGCUGUCCAAAAACAUCACUCGUAUGGGUCUGACGAACUUCACCCUCAACUACCUCAGGUUAACUUGGAGGAAGCAGGGGAAGUCUGCUCCUGUGAUUGGUGGGCAACAGACAUGUGACUCACACCGGCCUUUUGCUGAGCUUGCUCUGUGUGAGGAAGCAAGAGAGAGAAAAUGGCCGAUGGAGGGAGAAAGCAGCAGCAGAAUGGAGUUGUGUGUAAUAUUGGAGCCAAUGCAAGAACUGAUGUCAAGGCAUAAAACUUAUAAUUUAAGUCCUCGCGAUUGCCUGAAAACAUGCUUGUUUCAAAAAUGGCAGCGGAUGGUGGCACCUCCAGCAGAGCCUACAAGACAGCCGACAACCAAACGGAGGAAAAGGAAAAAUUCAACCAGCAGCACUUCCAACAGCAGUGCCGGGAACAAUGCAAACAGCACUAACAGCAAGAAAAAAGUAGCAGCUGCAAACCUGAGUCUUUCAAGUCAGGUACCUGAUGUGAUGGUAGUUGGGGAACCAACUCUAAUGGGUGGAGAAUUUGGUGAUGAAGAUGAACGACUCAUCACCAGGCUAGAGAACACACAGUAUGAUGCAGCAAAUGGCAUGGACGAUGAUGAAGACUUCAACAAUUCGCCUGCGCUGGGAAAUAACAGCCCCUGGAACAGUAAACCCCCUGCAAACCAGGAGACCAAGUCUGAAAACCCAACACCACAGGCUUCCCAAUAGGUUAUCUGAAGCUAUGUCCACAGUCGCUCAUAACAGCAGGUUUCAAUUACUAUCUCACAGCAUUUUUUACAACAAAAACAACUCCCAAUUUUCCACAGAUAUAGAAUCUAUUUCUAGAUGUACAGCUAUCCUUUUUUUUUAAGUUAGAAAGUAAUUUAUAAGCUUUCAGAUAGUUAUCUGGGAAGCUCUUGCACAUGACAUGAUACUGGCACGGACCUCAGUGAAAAGAACUGAAUAUGUAAGUGGCACCUCAUGAAAAAUUCUAAAUACUAACAUUCCAGUGGAGUUUUUCCCCCUACUAUGACCCCCUGUAUCCUUUAAAGGCCAUAUCUUAUAGAAGACCAUCAGUGCUCAGGAUCUAUUGACCAUUUUUUAAACAUGGUGAAUUAAAUACAUCCUCUUUUCAAUUUGCUUCUGAGACUUUUUGUUCUCAGAUAUUACUUUAAAAAACCAGACCUUUCAAAAACAUCUUUUAAUUUCUCUCCCUGCAGUGUCUUUCCCAGGUUAGCCAUUUUAAAGGGAGAAAACAAGUUAGGAGAGAAUUUCAUUAUGAAAAAAUGCUCUACCCUAAAAGGUUUUUGUAUUAAAAACUUUUGUUGGGAAGCUGUAAAAAUAUCUAUGUGAACAAUGUACAAAUAUAAAUUUUAUGAACUAUCAGAUAUUACAAAUCCAAUCACUCACACAUUGCUUGUUACAAAGUACAAUUCUUAUAAUUAAAAACGUUUUAAAACAGAGGCCAGCAAUAUUGGGUCAUGAAUCAAAGUCCUGCUUAGAUCAAACCCACUAAAAUCCAUGAACCUGUUAGUAAUGUCUAUUCACUUCAGUGGGUCUACUCUGAGGAGGACUAGCAUUGAAUAUCAUCCAUUGACUCUUUAUUGUGGUUCUGAUCCAAAGAAAACUAAAAUCACACUAAUAAGCUGUUUGAUAGAAGGAGAAAUUGAAUCCACCUCCUAGUGCCCUUCCCAAGAAGAUGAUUGGUAAGAUUUUAGAUUUCUUCAUUAUUAUCAUUAUUAUUUACUAAAUUUAUAUCCCACCUUUCAUCCCAGAAGGAGCCCAGGGUGGCAAACAAACAACAAAAUACUAAAAACAUCUAUAAAAGAUCAUAAAAGCAAAGCAUCUUUAAAGAAAACAUUUUUUAAAAAACUCUUUUACAAAAUCUUAAAAACGCUUCCAACACAGUUACCGACUGGGAUAAGGCCUCUACUGAAAGGCUUGUUGAAAGAGGAAAGUCUUCAGCAGGCACUGAAAAGACAACAGAGACAGUGCCUUUCAAAUAUUUAAGGGGAAAGAAUUACAAAGGGAAGGUGCCACAACACCUAAGGCCUGAUUCCUACAUUGUAUGGAAUGGACCUCCUGAUAAGAUGGUAGCUGCAGGAGACCCUUGCCUGUAGGGCACCGAGAUCAACUGGGUAUAUAAGAGUUAAGAUGAUUGUUCAGGUAAAGGGCUACAUGCAUCAAAAUCGGGCUGCUGGAUUGGAAAGGAUAGAAAGUUAGGGAUAUUAGUUUUGCUCUUACCUGGAUUGGGUCUUGUGCUUCUUUAGUUGCCCCUGAAGAAGGAGUUCUGCUAAAAACCUGUUGGGUUACGGCAUUCCUUCUUAAUUAAUUGUUUCUGGGCACAAAUUGAAGUUCCCUCCAACCUUGUUUCUUCCAGUCAUUGGUGCUGCCCUCCAUUUUUUCUUCCAGCCAUUUGAAGACCCCACUGCUUUGCAUUUACAUUGUAACUGAUUCCAAAAGCACUGAGACAACUAAAAAUGCCUUUUUCUUUCAUCAUUUUUUCUGUGGAGAAAGGCACCCGUUCCCUAUGAGAGUUUAUGCUUUGUAAUAUUGCUGUGGAACUGAAUUUUGAAAGCCAUGUAAUCCAUUAAUUUUGUGAGCAGUUUAAGCAAAGACUAAUCUUUUGUGUUUUUAUUGUAUCUUAAGUUCAUUUGGGGUUUUUUAUGUGAUAUUUCUUGUAUAAUACUUUUGUAAAGCCCUCCAAACUAAUUUUUGAUUCCAGCAUAUUUAUGUGAAACUUUAUAAAAUAAACUAAUUUUUUCGUUUGCAUAUUACUAUGCUCAAAUUCAUCAUGUAAAAAAAAAAUACAGCAAGUCAGUGUGUUAUAUAUAAUACAAGUGUAUUUUAUGUAUGCUUUGCUAAUAUGUCUGCCAAUAAACUGUGUU